UUUUCUUCCUCAAGCAAAUGAGGCACAAAAACUUCUUAUCGACAUUUUUUCUUAAAGUUCGACUAAUUUACGUUCUGAAAAAAUAUUUUCGCUCAUUCGUUUCACGCAACUUUGACUCAUCAAGUUCGUUGUCACCAACGUUAUAUUUUUAGAACAUGAUUAGUUUUCAAACUUAGGUUCUUUACAGCUGUCUGUGAUACCCAGUGUUGUGUCUAGUGUUAGGUUAGGGAGAUCCUGAGACUUCUGAGAGAUUCCUGGUGAAUUAGCAGAGCCGAAAUGGGAAGUAAUGCUGAUGAGAUAUUAAAGAGUCUGGAACGAAACGACCUGCAGUAUUUUGAAGGGGGUCGCUAUGGAUACAACGUAAACAACCCGUGUGCUAACGGUAGUACCUAUUUCACCUGGUCUGUGAGAAAAUCGAAUGAAAAAACUGUUACAUGUUUAAUAAAGUAUGGUGGCAAUGUCAACCAACGUGAAACUGGAGGCGCCACCCCGUUUUUACUAGCCGUUUACUUAAACCGUCUAGACAUUGCUCAGUGUUUACUCAGAAAUGGUGCCAACAUAAAAUUACGCGACUCAUGUGAGACUCCACUAACAAUCGCCGUGCGAGAAGGGAGUCUGAGUAUGGUCGAGUUCCUUAUUGAUAAUGGUGCUGAUUGCAACGACUGUGACAUCAAAGGAGUACCGCCUCUGAUUCGAGCUAUCAAUGAAAAUAAACUGGAUAUUGUAGAACUUUUUCUAAAGAAAGGUGUAGGUACGGAUGUUGUGGAUGAUGCAGGAAACACGCCCUUGGUAGCUGCCAUCAGAAACGACUCUUUAGAUGCUAUCCAAUGCUUACUAAAACACGGUACUAACGUCGAUGGAUCAGAAAACGACAAAACACCACUGGCUUGGGCAGCCGAAAAAGGAAAUUUGGACUUGCUGGAACUCUUACUAAACAGUGGUGCCAACAUCAACAAGCUGGGUAGUGACGGAAACACCCCUCUAGCUACCGCAGUUCGGUACAAGCAAUCAGAAGCCGCUAAGUACCUCACCAAAAAUCACGCCAACAUUUGUAAAGUUGGCGAAAGUGGUAAAACUCCGCUUUUAUGGGCAGUUCUUAACGAAGACCUCGACAUGAUAACGUGGCUUCUGGACUCUGGUGCAGAGUACAUCGUCGACACAGUACUGCUGGAUGCCAUUGGAACCAAGAAUUUGAACGUCGUUCAACUAUUGAAAGAAAGAGGAGGACUUGAGUUGGAAAACGACAAGCCUUCACCUCUUCUGGUCGCUGUCGACGCCAAAGACGUCAAAAUUGCCAAGUACUUGAUCGACAAUGGCGCAAACGUGGUUAACGAUCUUGAACAAUUAGAAGUUUUGAGGAUAAUUGAAUUCUUGGAAGCCAAAAAUAUGGAAAUGGUGAAGUUGUUGACUGAAAACGGUGCUAGAUUGAAUGAUGCCACACAAUGUAACGAUACAGUUUUAACGAAAGCCCUCGAAAUGGAAAACUUCGACAUGGUGAAGUACUUCGUGUCAUGUGGUGCAGAUGUGAAUCAGGCUAACAAAAAGGGCUUAACACCUCUGCUUAUCGCUGAAUCUAACAACGAUUUUCAGACUUUUCAGUAUCUGGUAGACUGUGGGGCGAAAAUGACCGAGGAGAGUCAAGCGACUAGCCCGAAAUUGGCAAGGUACUACCGAAAAGCAAAAGAGAGCAGUUUAAGGCGAGGAAAAACAAGUCAAGAUUUCGGUUCCAAUCAAGAAGAAGCCGAAGAUUAGUACUACUUCCGUACUAGUUUUUUUUGUUUGUCCAUUUUUAAAUAACGCGCGUUUAGAGUAAAUUAACUUUAUUAUACCAAAAUUUAAAUAUUGAAACAACAAUAAAUAAUAUAGAUUAUCAAUCAAUAAAUAAAACGUCUAAGAAAGAUACAUAAUACAUAUCACCCAGUAUGGCAGUACUAUAGCCGGUCUCAAACA